AGGAAAUUUGGCACAACAGCAGCUGGGGAAGAAUCCCAAGUGUUCCUGGAAGCCUGGUUUUGUUUUGAAUGGAAUGUGGGUGUUCCCCCCUUUUCCCUGCAUGUGGAGGGGGGGCUCUGGGACCCCCAGGCUGGUUGUGAGUGUUCUCUCUGCUGGCUGAGGGCAAGAAUGGGGAAACCCCCACCCCUUUUCCAAGAGCUGCUUGCAGAGCUGUCAUUCCUGACUAAAAUCCACGUAGGAAGCUUUGAAACCUUUGUGUCACCAACCCAGAGAGAUUCCUCUUGUAAGUGGAGCAGGAAGCUUUAUUUUUCCCUCUCCUUUUCCCUCUGGAAAAUUAAGACUUGAAGGUUUUGUUUUAAUUGUUUGGGUUUUUGUUUUUUUGUUUUUUUUUUUUUUUAUAAUUUUAUUCCAAAUUUCUCUAUGGGUAAGUGGGAACAUCCCAUUUGAAGAAACCUGUGAUCCACCCUGUCCCAUUAUCCAGGGUGUUCCCAGCCAUCCCAUCACAUCCUGGGCCCUUCCCCUUCAGUUCUUCAACAGGAGGAAAAUUCCCAUUUCCCUGAGCCCUUGCAGGUCCCGUGGCUUUAUCCCCCCCAAAUUUUCCAGCUCCUGGGAGAAGGAAACCAGCUGGAGCAGCCAGAUCUGCUGGGAAGGAGGAUGAGGAGUGGCUGAGGGGGUUCCUGGGGGACAGGCUGGGUCUUUUCCCCCCUCUUUGGGAGCUCCAGUGUUGGUCCUGGGGGGGGAAUUUUAUCCCACGGUCCCUGGGGGAGCUGAACCCCCCUCGGGUGUGCCCCAGCCCCAGUGGAUUCUGGGCAGCAGAGAUUUUCCAACAAGAGAUUCUCCUUUUUUUCCAACCUUUGUGUCAUUUCUGCCUCUUGGAGGAAUGUCCCUAAAUCCCCAUCCCCUGUCCUGGCCCCCAAAGCCAUUCCCUCCCUGGUUUGUCCCCCAGUUUGGCCCCCAUCCCCCCAUUUUCCCCCAUUUUGCCCCCCAAACCCCUCGUACCCCCCCGUUUGUCCCCUCAGUUCCUGGUCACUCGCUGCCACGUCAGGGCCUCGUGCUCCAGGAGAUGAUUUUGCCCUGGAGCCCCGGGGUGACUCAGCCCCCCUUGUCCCCACAGCGGUCACAGGGGGGUGGCCCCCCUCUUGGGGACCCCCGUGGGGAAGGGGUGACAGAGACCCACGCCCACCUUGGUGCUGCUGCAUCCCCCCUCGCCCUGCUGCUCCCUGGGAGGGUCUGUCCUCGUUCCCAUGGCUGGAGGGUGACGAUGACAGCGAUGAUGAUGUCGAUGUCCCCAGGGUGACAUGUCUGCGACGGCUCUGGUGCCACCGGGACCUUCCUCCUUGUCCUGGCAGGAGCCUCGUGACGAGGUGACAACCACUGCACAAAGCACCGUCCUGCCCCCCCCAAGCUGGGCACCGGCUUGGGGACACUGGGGACAGAGCUGGGGGGUCCUGUCCUCCGUUCCUGCUGUCACACGAUGUCCCCAGGCUGCUCCUGAAGGAACGGGGUGCUCAGCCCCAUCCGAAUCGGGCACGGGGACUUGGGGACAGGGUGGGAUAGCAGAAUGUCCCCAGGGUGGGAUGCCAGGACAAGAGAAUGUCCCCAGGGCAGCAGGACAUCCCUAAGUUGGGAUGCCAGGACAAGAGGGUGUCCCUGGGGCCAGGAUCCUUGGGACAGGAGGGUGUCCCCAGGGCAGGAUGCAGGGGUGGGGGACAUCCCAGGGACGGGAGGAUGUCCCAGGACAGGACGAUGUCCCAGGGCCAGGAGAAGGUCCCAGGACAGGAGGAUGUCCCGGGACAGGAGGAUGUCCCGACAGGACGAUGUCCCAGGACAGGAGAAGGUCCCAGGACAGGACGAUGUCCCGGGACAGGAGGAUGUCCCGGGACAGGAGAAGGUCCCGGGACAGGAGAAGGUCCCAGGACAGGACGAUGUCCCGGGACAGGAGGAUGUCCCGGGACAGGAGAAGGUCCCGGGACAGGAGAAGGUCCCAGGACAGGACGAUGUCCCGGGACAGGAGGAUGUCCCGGGACAGGAGAAGGUCCCAGGACAGGACGAUGUCCCGGGACAGGAGGAUGUCCCGGGACAGGAGAAGGUCCCAGGACAGGACGAUGUCCCGGCAGGAGCCGCCGCCAGCCCGCGCCGGUGCUGACUCAGCGCGUCCCGCAGCACCACGUGAAGCCGGGGGCAGCCCCCGCGUCCCCCUCCUUGUCCCCUCCUUCCCUCCAGCCCAUCCAAACCCCGACGCUUGCCAAAAUUUUCCGGCUGCCUCCAAACUUCCUCAAUCCGGCCGCAUAAAAAGGCAGCGGCUCCCGCAGGCCCCGUCCCGGCGCUGCCACCGACGGCUCCGCGCUCGCAUCCAGCUGGUCCCCAGGACGUGGUGGCCCGUGCUGCUGGCCCUGCUGGUCCCCAGGAUGAGGUGGCCCGUGCUGCUGGCCCUGCUGGUCCCCACGGCGCUGGCCCAGCCGCAGCCGCAGCGGGAGCUGGACGCGCAGUGGGAGCUGUGGAAGAAAACCCACCACAAGCAGUACAACGGCCAGGCGGACGAGGUGACGCGGAGGCUGAUUUGGGAGAAGAACCUCAAAUACAUCAACACCCACAACCUGGAGCACUCCCUGGGCGUCCACACCUUCGAGCUGGCCAUGAACCACCUGGGUGACAUGACCAGCGAGGAGGUGGUGAGGACGAUGACCGGGCUGAAGGUGCCCCGUGGUCACCAACGCCACAACGAGACACUCUUUGUCCCCGACUGGAGCGAGAGAGCCCCGGCUGCCAUGGACUGGCGCAAGAAAGGCUACGUGACCCCUGUCAAGAACCAGGGCCAGUGUGGCUCGUGCUGGGCUUUCAGCUCGGUGGGCGCCCUGGAGGGGCAGCUGAAGAGGAAAACAGGCAAACUGCUGUCCCUCAGCCCCCAAAACCUGGUGGACUGCGUGGCCAACAACGACGGCUGCGGCGGCGGGUACAUGACCAACGCCUUCGAGUACGUCCGGCAGAACCGCGGCAUCGACUCCGAGGACUCCUACCCCUACAUCGGCCAGGACGAGAGCUGCAUGUACAGCCCCACGGGGAAGGCGGCCAAGUGCCGCGGCUACCGCGAGAUUCCCGAGGGCAACGAGAAGGCUUUGAAGAGGGCGGUGGCCAGGAUUGGGCCCAUCUCCGUGGGCAUCGAUGCCAGCCUGCCCUCCUUCCAGUUCUACAGCAGGGGCGUGUACUACGACGAGAGCUGCAACGCUGAGAACAUCAACCACGCCGUGCUGGCCGUGGGCUACGGGGCACAGAAGGGCACCAAGCACUGGAUCAUCAAGAACAGCUGGGGCGAGGAAUGGGGCAACAAGGGCUACGUCCUCCUGGCCCGCAACAUGAACAACGCCUGCGGUGUGGCCAACCUGGCCAGCUUCCCCAAGAUGUGACCCAGCCCUUCCCUUCCCACUGCCCUGCCCUCCAGCUUGGCCUCUUCCCUCCCAGCCUCAAAGGUGACGGUGCUCCCGGGGGGAAUUCUUUGUCUCCAUGAGAAAUUUCCCCUGGGAAGGGGGGAGACACCCCCUCUUCACCACAGGGAAUGGGGGAUGAGUCCCCUCAACUCUUUUUUUUUCCACACUUUGCCAUGCUGGCUUCUGCCUUGCCAUGGACUGUGCUUGGCCUGAUGUGUGGAGGCCAAUCCAGCCAGACAUGCUUCAGGAACAGGUUCCACUCCAGCCUCUGCCUCGGGGGUGGAGGUGGAAUAUUCCCAGUGGAGAGCACAGAUCCCUCUCCCUCCACCCUGUAUCCCGGUGGAGGCUGCUGAGAAUGAUAUGACUUUAUUUUUCAACUAAAAUUGGGAAUAAGGCUUGGA